AUGCGAUGCCGUUCAUGGCAGGUACUGGUGACCAUUAUUUUGGGCGCAGGCAUUAGCCACUACUCCGUUUCCAUCAGCUUCAGCUUCCCUCGUCCCCAAUUAAACAAGAUUUUAGACGGAAGGCGACUUUUCAAAAGAGAUGAAGCCAUCCCGACCGCCCCUAGUGGAGGAUACGCUCCCUCCCGUCGACCUUGCCCCGAAAAAGUCUUGGUCCGGCAGCCUUCAGUUCAUGGACCACUCAACUCCGGAGAAGCAGAAUACGUCCUGUCUAAGGCUCAAAAAUCUCUACCCCUCUGGCGCACUUAUCUUGAGAAUGCCGGCCUCCUGGGAUUCAACGUUGACGAGUUUCUUUCAGAAGCCACACAUAAAGGUGGUACCCCGGCUGUCACCUUGCCCAACUUUGGAUUCGCGAUUUCUGGCGGGGGAGCUCGAGCAGGCCUAGUGGGCGCCGGAAUACUUAAUGCGUUCGACAGCAACAACCCCGCGGCGGUCGAGGCCAAGACUGGCGGGAUUUUGCAACUGGCAAAUUAUGCCGCAGGUCUUUCGGGAGCUUCGUGGUUGUUGGGAAGUUGGGCAACUGCAAAUUUCCCAAGCUUCACUUCAUUGAACCAAACAGUAUGGAAAUUGACCCAACCGGAUGCGAUUUACGAUAUCGCAAUCCUCAAGCAAAUCCACCGGGACCUGAAGACAGCUUCUCAAAAAGCAAUGGCAGGCUUUCCAGUCAGCAUUGUCGACGCUUGGGCUCAAUUGAUAGUUGAUCAUACCAUUAACACAACCCACCAUGCGAAUGCUGUACUCUUGUCUUCGGUGAAGGACUUACCCGGUUUCAAAAGUCGAUAUGCUCCCUUUAUCAUUAUAACAGCUACUUCGCGCGAGAAUGGAAAGGAAGAAAUGACGCUUGACAAUCCUGUUUAUGAAUUCACCCCGGAAGAGUUUGGAACAUGGCAUCCCAGUCUCAACGCUUUCAUUCCUGUCCAGUUCUUAGGCACUAAGAUUAACCAAGGCCAAAUUUCUCGUGGCGAUCGAUGUGUGGUGGGAUUUGAGUCAAUGGGGUUUAUAAUGGCCACGAGCAGUAACAUCUUCUCCACUUCGGAGAAGACCAGCGAUGACCCAAUUUGGGCGGCGCUAAUUCACAAGUUCAUGAAUUUCAUGACCCGGAAUGUUUAUGAUGAAGCAAUCAUUCCCAACCCAUUCCAAGGUCUUGGAUUAGGUUUCGGGCUGGAUGGCGGAUACCCCAGCAAAGACGACGAAAACCUGUACUUAGCCGACUCGAGUUUGUCCGGCGAAACGAUUCCUCUAUGGCCGCUCAUCCAACCCAGUCGCAACCUCGAUGCGAUCAUCACCGUGGAUUCCUCGAACCGAGCCAAGCCAAGUGUCAAAUCCCGAGUUUAUCCCAACGGCACCAGCCUCUACGCUUCUUAUCGGAAGAUUCUCCCGCCGGACUAUGCCGCCUAUCCCUUCCCCACAGUUCCUGAUCCAUAUGGUGGGAACUUCUCUCGAUUGGGAUACAACAAGCGGCCGGUAUUUUUUGGAUGCGACCAAGCCUGCCCUCUUUUAAUCUAUCUUCCCAACUACUUUAUCGUUGCGCCGACGGAUGCGCCCACAACACAAAUGCAGUACAGUAAUACGGACAUUGAUGGCUACUUCAAAAAUGGUUUUGCACUGGCAACUCAGACGCGGGCAUCAUCGAACUCGAUGAGCGAAGACAUGCAGGGCCUCUUCGACCGUGCUGGGCCAUCGAGCUCGAUUGAAUGGUCUAUCUGUCUGGCCUGUGCACUUAUCGACAAACAGCAAAAGAGGAACGGUAAGAGGCGGACAGCACAAUGUCAGAGCUGCUUCGACAUGUAUUGCGCCGCCAGAUGA